GAGCAGCGGCGCGACAAGUCGCACGGAGGCAAAGCCGUGGUCCGGACCCGCGUCUCCCGGCGCGCGGUCGCCGGCGCCAGCACGCAGGGCAACAGGCCGCUGGGGGAGAUCGCGGCGGAGGCCCCGCCCGACCUGGAGGACCCAGGACUGGCUCCGCACCAGGCAGCCCGCGCCGAGCAUGCAGGCCGCCGCCGCGGGCCGCGACGCCGCCUCCGGCCCCGAGGGCUCGGAGACCAGCGGCACCAAGCCGUCGGCGCUCUCCGACGCCUCGGGGGGCAUGGCGGAGCAGGGCGCGGCGGUGGCGCCGCCAGCGGCCGCGGCGCGCGGCACGCUCAGGGCCUCGGCUACCCCCUGGAGUCUCAAGGGAUCGCGCUUCAGCCACCAGAUGGCCGACACGGAGAAUUGGCUCGGCACCUCCUUGCUAGGCCCAGGCGCCCCAGACAGCCUCUGCUCGGACCACUGGGGGCCCGAGGAACCGGACGUGCCGUCGGCCGCGAUGACCUACGCGCUGCACGAUAUGGGCGUGGUUGCGCAAGGCCUUGCGGUGGCGGACGAGACGUCGCCGUGGUGGAGCGUGGACCCCACUGGCAGCAGGCAGUGGAGCGCCCGCGGAGAGAACUACUCCUGGUCCUGGGACGCCCCGCUGGGCCCCGCGGGGCGGGCCGACGAAGGGCCCCGCGGGCCGCUGGAGCACGCGGUGCCCCCGCCGGCGCUCGACGGCGGCGGCGGCGGAGCGGAGCCCUGGCAAGCCGGGGCGGACCCGGCGACGGUGCCGCUGCCGAAGCUGUGGCUGUGGGGCGAGCGGGCCUCCCUGGGGCUGCCCCCGGUGCCGAGCCCUUGCGCGGCCGACGCCUGGACCGGGCCGGCGCGCACCGCCUGGGACGCCUGGCCCGAGCCGAAGGCGCCGAAGGACGGCGACGCGGCGCCGGCGGGCUCAGGACCAGCCCUGGCCCCGACAGCGGCGCCAACACCGAGGCAUCGGAAGAGGCGGCGCCGCCCGAGCGGCCCAGCCCGCCCGCGCCGAAGCUCAAGACUCCCGGAGCGGGGCUGCCAGGACUCCAGCGCGGCUACCAGUGAUCGGCGCCUGCGCGCGUGCCCCCCCCCCGCCCCACACCCCGCUACGUUUCACGCAUUCUUCGGCUUGCGCGGAGGAACCGCGACUCGGUGCUCAAGCACUCUGCCCGGUCUGUGCCCGCCGAGAGUGAGCAGGCGUGUACAUACAGGUUUGCAGCAUCGUGUCCGAACGUGA